AUGACGUUUUCACACUACCUGGAUGCGAGCUCCGCCUCGCCUCAGCAGCUGUACCAGUUGCGCCGGCAGUUGAGAACCACCAGCAGCGGGUUCCCGGCCCUUCCGCUUGACUCGGAGAAGUCGGAGAAGAGCAGCGAGGUCCCGCUACUUCGGGAUCCGGAAAGAGUUCCCUCCCGUGGGUCAAAGUUCUCGAAAGGUUCGUCAACCUCGACCUCUAACAAGGAGGGACUCGAAGAGAUCUUCUUCUCGCCCUUCACCCUGCUCCUUGUCUUCGUGCCGCUGGGCGCGAUGUCGGCGCAGCGCGAGUGGGGCGAUUCCUGGACCUUUGUGCUGAACUUUAUCGCCCUCUUGCCUUUGGCGAAGUUCCUGGGCGAUGCCACAGAGGAGCUGGCGGUGGCCAUCAAGAACGACGCCGUUGCCGGCAUGCUGAAUGCCACCUUCGGCAACGUGGUCGAAAUGAUGAUCACGGUCAACACUUUGCGAUCUCGGAAGAUGCCAUACGAGGAGCGCACCAGCGUAGUCAAGUGCACUUUGCUCGGUUCCAUCCUCUCCAACCUGCUGCUAGUCUUGGGCAUGUCCUUCCUCUUCGGUGGCCUGACGCAGGUGAAGUCCGAAGCAGCGACAUCCGCGGUCGCUGGGGAGAAGGAGCAGAAGUUCGCCAUGAAGGGCGUGAUCAUGAGCAUGGGUAUGCUGGUGUUCUGCUGCAUGUCCUUCGCGCUCCCCACGCUCUUCGCACAAGGCUACCAGAGCGACGCGCAAGACCUCCUGGACGUCUCGCGAUUCGGGGCUUUGCUAGUUGCUUCAGCGUAUAUCGCUUUCCUCAUCUUCCAGCUCUUCUCGCACAAGCACACCUUGAACCAGGAGGAGGAGGAUCUGAAAGAUGAGGGAGCCGAGGAAGACCAGGAGCGCCCCCCUCUGGCUAUUUGGCUCUCCUUGCUGAUGAUGGUGGUGGUCACUGUUAUCACGGACAUAGUGUCUGACUACCUGUGCGAAUCCAUCAACGGCGUCACCGGUGCCAUGAAUGUCGAUUUCCUCGGCACCAUCGUGCUGCCCAUUGCCGGAAACGCCUGUGAGCACCUGGGAGCCGUUCGCUUCGCGAUGGAUGAUAAGCCCGGCCUGGCGGUAGGCAUCUCCGUCGGCUCGUCGACGCAGGUUGCCCUGUUCGUGGUGCCCUUCGCAGUCAUCGUCGGCUGGAUGCUCGAUGUGCCCAUGACCUUGGACUUCGGCAUGAUCAACACAGCUGUGAUCUUCUUCUCCGUGCUCCUGGUGGUUGUGCUGAUGUCCGACGGCCGGUCGCACUGGCUGAAGGGCUACCUGCUGAUGCUGGCCUACACCUUCAUUGCCGUGCUCUUCUGGAAUUUGCCGCCCAAGGUCAUGUGA